AGUUUGGGAUCCCGGCGGCGGGCGCGGCCGCGCCGGGGGGCGGCGCAUGCCUGGGUCCUGAGGCGGGCAGGCUGGCCAGCCGGCGGCUCGGGGAUGGCCACGGCGUCGGCGGCCGCCAUGUCCUCUGGCGCGGCGGGCCGCCCCGCGGGCGCGGCGGCAUCGAGCGAGGAGCUCCUGGGGGCCCUGCCGGCAUCCGAAGAGAAGCAUCUCCGACUAUUUUCGGUGGCGGCCCGUGCCAUGGUUCGUUUGCUUCUUCCUGGGGAUGUUCCUCCUCACCAAGCUGCAGCUCGUCUACAACGAGUCGCCCUGCGCUGUGCUUGGCACACAGAGUCCAGUAACCUCGUCUGACAUAAAGAGAGCGUUUCGGAGCUUGUCGAUGUGCACGCACCCCGACCGUCUUAGGGGCAGGCUGAAGCGAGAUCCGACUCGUGCAGAGUCUCGCCGUGGCGAGAUCAUUUUCAACAGGGCAUCGGCUGCCAAGGAUCAGCUCACCAAGGUGCUGAAGAGCAGGAAAGGUGAGCAGAGCGUCCAGUGCUACGAGGGUGAGCUCGAGAUGGCCGUGCUGGGGCUCCUGGGGCAGGCCGGGAGGGUCCUUGGUGAGCUCGGCGUCGCGGACUACCUGGAGCUCGCCACUGGAUUAGUUUGGGCCGUGAUCUCGUUUGAGGCCGCGAACCCCGAUCAUCCACACUUUGCUGAAUGUGUUAUGGAUGGUGUUCAUGUUCGGACUCAUCAAGCAGUUUUUUGCGUAUCUGUGGCGAAUGGGCAUCCUGCGGUUCCUCCUCGGCCUGCUCACGACCGUGGUCAUCGGCCCCCUGCCGACGGUCGUGAACUUCGUCAGCCUGCCUCUGGUUCGUUUGUGCGUCUUCCUCGCCGAGUUCAUGCCUGGCGUAGGCGGACAAGACUCAGCCGAAGACGCGAUCCACCGCGAGCCGCCGGCCGAAGGAGCCGGUGGGGCCCCGCGCCCCGCCGAGGCGGCCGACGCGUGCGGCGCGGAGGCCGCCAGGGCCCUGGCCGCCCGACAGGCUCGGGACGACCUGCCCCAGCGCAACCUGCGGCAGAGGAAGAAGAAGGAGACCGACGAGCAGAGGGACCAGCGCAACAAGGACCUCAUCUCGGGCCAGUACCAGGCCUCCCCGGCGGGCGGUGGGAAGCCCGUCAACCACGGCGCCGGGCCCAUGCCAGAGGGCGCGUUCUCCGUGGUCCGGUGGUGCCACCAGGAGCCCUUGAAGGCUCGCCAGGAGGCCGCGGACGCCGUGCAGUUCGACCUGCUGCUGAUCCUCACCAAGCCAGUCAUCCCCCUCUUCAUGCUCAUCUCCCUGGGGCAGGUUCUGAACGGCCUCAUGUCGUCGCUCUUCAUCGGGCACGCGCUGCGCAAGUGGGUGCCGAAGAUGAGCUGCGAGACACACCACCUGCUCUGCUGCUUCUUCGGGGCCGUCCACACGCUGCUCGGCGUCUCGGCCCAGCAGGUCGAGGACUUCUCCAACAACGCGGACCGGCAGGUUCUUCACCUGGCGUGGUCGUGGUCGCUGAAAGACGUGAUGGCCGUGAUGCACAUGUGCCUGCUGGGCGCGACCGUGACGGCCGUCUCGGCCCUCGGAAACGAGCCGACCUUCUCGACGUCGUUCGCGGCGGGCAUAGCGCUGCGGAUGGCGAUGGCGCAGGACUCCGUUCGCGGUCUGCACGUCAUGGGGCUCGCCUCCUCUUGGAUCGAGUCCGGCUUGUACAACUUAGGAGUCAAGCUCGAGUCCGCCGAGGAGGUUGUCACCUACAGCGGAGGAGGUAUUGGCGACUGCGGUGGGGGCCCUUUUCGGAUGUUGUUUGGCGACGGAGCCGGCGCUACAUACAGCGCUCUCGCUUUGAAAGCCUGGCUCAUGGUGAUGCCGCUGCUCGCCACCCUUCAGUGGGCCAACAGGGCGUACCAGGCGAGCAAGCUGUACGCGAGGAGGCGGAGGUUCUCGCGGCUGCUGCGGAUCGGACAGCGCUCGGUCCUGUGCGCUCUCGGUGCGCUGCAGUGCCUCCUGAUCGCGGGCGCCGAGCUCAACGCAUCGAACGGGGCGCUCGCGAACUUCUGGGUGGCGAUGCUCGCCGGGGCCGCGGGCGAGUCCCUGCUGAGCACCUACGACGUGCGCGGCCCCGUGCGGCAGAUCGUGUUCCUGAUCGUGUUCCUCCUGAUCUGAGCUGCCCGUGGUUCGCACGCAACAAAAAUCAGAAGGCGGCGCGGUUGUGGUUGGCAGGAGCACAUGAUGACCAAUGUGGUCAGUUGUGUCUCUUGAUUCUUUUGUAUUCUCUACCCUCUGCGUUCUACCAUGCGCUUUCGACUCUAUAUUUUAUUUCCUGCAGCCUAGUCUGUGUCAUGUUUCGUACAUGUGGGGCCGGCGGAUAUACCCUCCAAUUUUACUCUGCACUCUUUGCCGUCUGCACUCGCCUUUUCGCUCUUUGGUCUCUACUCUCUGCUCUCUGCUCUCUACUUUGUGCACUCUGCACUCUUCGUUCUGCUCCUUCCUGUCUACUUUCCGCUCAUCGCUGCAUGAUUCAUACACAGUCGGCUCUGUUCAGCAUCAGUGGCAUGGCCCGCGUGCCGCCGCCAUCCUACUUUGGCACACACCUCACAUGUUUCGUGCCCCCAGAAGGUG